CGCAUGCUCGGAGGCAUGGCAUGCUCGCCCAGCUGCAGCGCGACCAGCGUCUUCCACUGCAGCCCGCGGGGCCGCGUGACGUGCCGGACGUUCAACUAGCUGCGCGAUGCGACCAGGGAGGCUCUCGCAUUUGCUUGCUCGCUCCCGCACACUUGGCGUCAACGCUAAUCGCAGCGGGCUGAAUGGGAGACGUCGUCGCAAAAGCGCCGCCGAUCAACGAGGGCCGCAAGCACCAGAGGGCGGCGCCGGCGGACGGGAGGAGGAUCAGAAAUGGAGGGGUGGAGGGCAUAAGAUACCCAAUUAGACUACCAAAAGCAACUCGUACUCCUAACCCGCCUGAUUGCUUGCCCCUUUUCUCGUCCAUCAUCUAAAUACCAUCUAUAUGAGUU